CCCUUCUUCCCAUUAGAGGCUUCUGAGUUCUCCCUCCGAAGAGAAUGGGCUUCAUGUCCUUGGUCUCAGAGCUCUGCUCUGCCAUUGACGACCACCAUAGAAACCGCAAGAAGAUGAAAAAGAAACAGUUCCAGGUUGUAGAGAUAAAAGUGAGGAUUGACUGCGAGGGAUGUGAGAGGAAAGUGAGACAAGCAGUGGAGGGAAUGAAAGGGGUAAGUAUGGUAGUGGUGGAGCCAAGGAAGAAUAAGUUGACUGUGACGGGCUAUGUUGACCCUAAGAAAGUGCUGCAAAGGGUGAGAUAUAGGACGGGUAAGGUGGCGGAGCCAUGGCCCUACGUGCCAUACGAUAUGGUCUACCACCCAUACGUGCCGGGCGCAUACGACAAGAAGGCGCCGCCGGGGUACGUGCGAAACGUCGUUGCCGACCCCACACUCGCGCCGCUCGCGCGAGCCACGUCGACGGAGGAGACGUAUUCCGCGGCUUUUAGCGAUGAUAAUCCUAAUGCGUGCAUCGUUAUGUGAAUUUUGGCCUUGCGGUGCUUUCACGAUGAAUAGAUAAUUUCUGGGAAAUUAAUGUAAAAAUUUUUUUAUAAGUAAUUGGAUAUGUAAAUUCGCUAAGAAUUAUUAAUCUAUGUUUUU